CUGGGGACUUUGUCAAAAAAAAAAAAAAAUUUUUUUUUUGUUCUGGGCCAAUUUUUUUUUAUUAAAGGAGGUAUUUUUGUUUUGUUUUGUAAUAAAAAGGAUGGGGAUUUGGGGGGUGACGGCCGAUGGACUGGUAGUGCUCCCGUCGUACUGCUCCGGGUUCAGGUCACCGCCUAUGGAGUUUAAGCUCCUCUCCUCCUCCGACCACAGAGCCCACCUCUUCACCAAGAUCUAUCCCUCUAUAGUCUGGCCAAAAAUUGGAAUCCGAUUGGAAAAUCAGCGAGGGAGAAGUGUAAAAGUGAGAGCCACAGGAAGUUCUGGAGAGGGUCAGUCUCCAAUUGCUCCUCUUCAGUGUGAGUCACCAACAGGACAACUUUUGUCACAGAUAAUACAGACCCAUCCUCAUCUACUUCCAGCGGCCAUUGAUCAGCAGCUUGAAUUGCUUCAAUCAGAUCGAGAUGCUCAAAAGAAAGAAACUCCACCGAAAUCUCAAGAUCUUCUCCUUUAUAGGAGAAUCGCCGAAGUGAAGAACAAGGAAAGACAAAGAACUCUCGAGGAGAUCAUCUACUGCUUCAUCAUUCACAAAUUCACAGAGAACAACAUCUCUAUGAUCCCAUCACUAUCACCAUCUUAUCCUACUGGUCAAGUUGACUCAUGGCCAAACCAAGAACAAAAACUUGAAGCAGUUCACUCCCCUGACGCUCUCGAAAUGAUACAAAGCCACCUAAAUCUCGUCAUUGGGGAAAAAUUUGUAGGACCCUUAAGCUCCAUGGUCGAGAUCAGCAAGCUCAAGCUUGGAAAGCUCUAUGCUGCCUCAAUCAUGUACGGUUAUUUCCUCAAAAGAGUAGAUCAAAGGUACCAGCUUGAGCGAAGCAUGAAAACGCUUCCACCGAGAAUUACUGACCCUCGAGUUCUUGAAAAUCUUAAACCUAAUCCUCUUUGGGAUAUGGAAUCCAUGGUUCAAAUUUCACCCGAUGGCGAUACUUCCGAACCUCUUGAUAGUGAUGAGCCAUAUCGGUUGAGGUCAUAUGUUAUGUAUUUGGAUGCAGAGACAUUGCAGAAAUAUGCGACAAUAAGAUCUAAGGAGGCGAUAUCGCUCAUAGAGAAGCAGACACAGGCGUUGUUUGGGAGACCCGACAUCAGAAUCGCGGAGGAUGGUUCGCUCGAUACUUCAAAUGAUGAGCUUGUGAGUAUCACUUUCGCGGGGUUGACGAUGUUGGUUAUGGAGGCAGUUACAUUUGGAUCGUUUCUUUGGGAUGCUGAGAGUUAUGUGGAAUCCAAGUAUCACUUUGUGUCUGGUUAAAUAGUUGAUUGUAAAUCUGAUUAGUUUUUGCCUAUGUACAAAUUUCUUAAAAAGGCAAUAGCUUUGACCUGUGUUUGUGUAAGUCAUGAAUUUAUUAAAAUUUAAUACUUCAUUUUAUGAGUAUAAGCUGUGAAUCAUCUCUAUUUA